AUGAAAAUGAAAACGAAGAUCGCAUCGCUUUACGAGAAAAUAGACAGUAAGUUCUUCGAACAGUUCGAAUUCCGAAUUUGCGACACAAAUCUCAGUAAGAUAGCGAUAUACAUGCACAAACCAAAAGAUGCGUCCAGUUUGGCCUUUACAAGGAUUUUAUUUGGAAUUGCAAUGCUCUUCGACAUCACCGACGAACGUGGAGGUGCUGCCAUGAUGGAGACAUGGGGAAACCCCUCCAUCUGCCACUUUCCCCUGUUGAAUUUCCUACAGGCAAUGCCUAUGCCCCACAUGGCACUGGUCUACGCCGGAUUGUGGUUUGGUGCUCUAGGGAUUGCCCUCGGCCACAAGUUCCGCGCUAGCUCUGCCAUCUUCACAACCUGCUUCUGGUACCUUCUACUGAUUGAGAAGAGCUAUUGGAACAAUCACAGCUACCUGUUCGGCCUCGUCGCCUUCUUGCUAACCUUUACUCGAGCCAACUGUUGCUGGUCCGUUGACGCAAUCCGAAACCGUUCCGUGGCGUCGCAGACGGUCCCGUACUGGAACUACUUCAUUUUAAAGUACCAGUUCUUCAUCCUCUACUUCAUGGCCGGCCUGAAGAAGGGCACUGCGGAGUGGUUGACGGGCUACUCCGUGCGAAACCUCAGCGAGCACUGGGUAUUUGAGCCUUUCAAAUUGUUCCUCACGGUACCGCAAAUCGACUACCUAAUAGUCCACUGGUUCGUCUUCGCGUUCGACCUGACGGUGGCCAUCUGGAUGAUGUGGUCGCGCACUCGCCACCCCGCAAUGGUCUUCUGCGCGCUAUUUCACCUGAUGAAUAGCAGACUCUUCAGGAUCGGGAUGUUCCCAUGGGUUUGUUUAGCAACGAUGCCCCUAUUUUAUCCUUUCGACUGGCCCAAAAGAGUUUCCAUGCAUCUCAAUGGAAUUUAUUUAAAAUGCAAAAAAGGAACUUGUAAAUUCUUUCAUAAGUUCAAAAAAUCCGAGACCAAUGUUAAAACUACUAAGGAAUCUUUAAGUUUGCCAGAAGAUGAUGAAAUAAAAGCGAUAGAGAAAGAAGACGAACAAACAAACGAAACUUAUUUGCCAAAAAAAGUUGACACCUGCACAAAUAGUAAUGAAAAAAUUGAAGGCAAAGUCAACGAUGGUCUAUACGUGUUCACACAGGCUUUUCUGCCCUUUUCACAUUUCAUAACUAAGGGCUACAAUAACUGGACGGACGGACUCUAUGGUUACUCGUGGGACAUGAUGGUGCACACUUGGGACGUGCACUCGGUGGUGGUCAAGGUCGUGGACAACGACGGACCCUCCGAGCUCUUCGUGGACCCGUACCACUUCACGCCGAACGGACGCUGGACCAGGCACGGCGAUAUGGUGCACCAGUACGCCCGCUGCCUCAAGGAGAAUCUGCUGAAAACGCGGCAGAUGAACAAUGGGAUCAUCGGAGCUUCCUCCAGAAACAUCUCGGUGUAUGUCGACGUGUGGAGCUCCCUCAACGGUCGAUUCACCCAGCGCAUGUUCGAUCCGAAAGUGGAUCUGCUGAACGUCUCCUGGUCGCCGUUCGCACCUGUAUCGUACCUGAUGCCGCUUCUAGACGAAGCCUUGGAGUGGCGGGAGUACUUGGUCUCGAUGCGAGAGACCGUCCAUUCGUGGAAUGACCACGCCGACGUCGUAUUCAUUGCCGACUUUCCAGGAUAUGAAUAUGAAAAAUACAUUCCCACCGAACUUCGUAACGUGACCCUCACUGUCUUGUAUGGGCUGGUUGUCUUCGAGGCCGAAGUGGCCGAACAUGAGAUUGGUAAAUCCUAUCAGCUCAAGCCAGGGAACUCGAUGAAGCUCUCCUCAGAAAUCUUCCAUAAAGUUCUCAACAUCGGUGAAAAGCCCGCUUUUUACAUGUACACGUUUUUCAACAGCACCGAAGUCGAGAACAACAACAAAACAAAUCCCGUACCAAAGUUACCAAUCACAGAAGAGCUGCGGAGACGCUUCUACAAUAUGUUACGUUUCGGGAAAGAUCUCGUGUUGAGCUUGUUCAAUUUAUUUUUCAAUGCAACACAAUGUCAA